AACUCUUCUAGAGAACAGAGAUUAGACUGUGACCAUUUUGAGUUAUUACAAGAAAAUAUUUAUAAGUUUUCAAAAUCAGGAAACAUUAUUUUAUGUGGAGAUUUCAAUGCCAGAUUAGGUACUUUAGACGACUAUGUGCAUGAAAUGGAAGGGGUAACCUUUCCAACGACAGUUCUUACUGGCUCAAUUGAACCACGUAAGUCAAGGGACAUUCAUAUUAAUACGUAUGGAAAAUCAUUAGCUGAGUUAUGUUGUGGGAAUGAGUUAAUUAUUUUAAACGGCAGGACGAAAGGAGAUUAUAUAGGUCAGUUUACCUGUCACACAUAUAGUGGGGCUAGUGUGGUCGACUAUACUGUGGUAUCGUCAGAGAUUUUGCAAUCAAUCAAGCAUUUUACCGUGUCAAGUAUCACAGAAUUCUCGCAUCAUUGCUUCCUUUCUUUUGCAUUAGAAGCGGAGCCUCGACUGGGAGUAGAUAAAGGAGAAACUUUACAAUUGCUCCCACUGCCUGCAUCAUUUGUUUGGAAUGACAACUUAAAAGAUACUCUUCGUGAAAAUUUUAUUAAUAGCAAUGUUUCAAGUGAGAUGAAUACUUUAUUUGAAUCGUUAAAUGAGACUGAUUCGGUAGUGAGCAAGUUUACCGACGUUAUAGUUAAUGUUUCGAGAAAUGUCGUAAAAAUUAGAAAUAGGCAAACACCAAAAAAGAAACGAAAACGCACAAUCCAAAAACAGAGAUGGUUUAACACGAGUUGUUACCUAUUAAAGAAGGAAUUAAAAAAAUUGGGUAGUUUACUCUCAAAAUACCCCUAUGAUCCUUUUUUAAGACAUAAGUUUUUUGCUACUAAAAAGAUUAUAAGCGACUUACUAAACGGCUUAAACGAAAUUUCCAAAGCGAAUUGUUAA